ACAUAUAUUUCUAAUGUUUAGUAUAAAAAUUGUUCAUAACUACAAUUCAACUAAGAUGGCUCGUGAAUCUCAGAAAGUUCCAGAAGUAAAUCGUCCUUCAAACCUUUUGUCAGAUGAUGAGAAUUCUUUACUAUUCAAUCUAAUAGGAAAAAGAUGUGCUACCCUUUCAACAACUGUUGUUCAAGUUUUCAAAAGUGGUGGUGGUGGGCAGAUUCGGUGGCAGAAGCUUUGUGUUGGCGUUAUCUGCUUUAUCAAAGACAACCAAAAGAAAUCGUAUUAUAUUCGUGUGUUUGACUUAACAGUGAAUAAUAUGAUCUGGGAGCAGGAGAUUUACAAUCAGUUCAAAUACUAUACUCCACGACAAUAUUUCCACUCUUUUGAAGCUGAUAAUUAUGUUGCUGGUCUAAAUUUUGCUGAUCCACAAGAAGCCAAUCAUUUUCGUCAAAAAAUAGAUGAAAAACUCAAAGCAAAAGAGCAACGUAAAACAGUAAGAAAUUUCAAUAUAGAGCGACGUGGAACUACAGUUAAAAGAGAAGCUCCAACUAACAGAGGUAUUGCACAGCCUGUAAACUAUAACACACAGAGUGUAGUUGCUACAUCCGUAGCACCAACAAUAAGUCCUUCACCAUCCUCAAAUGAUUUGAAAAAGAAAGAGAAACCUGGUAAGAAAAAAGUAAAACUAUCAAAAGAAGAUAUUGGUACCCCAUCCGACUUUAGACAUGUUGGGCAUGUCGGUUGGGACCCUAAAGGAGGUUUUGAUAUUAAUAAUAUUGACCCACAAUGGAGGAAAUUAUUUGAUACAAUUGGUGUAACUGAGAAGCAGCUUGAAGAUGAGGAAACAUCUAAGUUUAUUUAUGAAUUUGUGGAGUCUCAUGGGGGUAUUGAAAAAGCUACUAAAGAACUUGAGAAGUCUGGAAAUGCUGAUGGUGCACCUCCUCCUCCAGCUAGGUCUGCUCCUCCUCCACCACCACCAUCACGGGGCGUACCUCCACGUGGUCAAGCACCACCUAUACCUCAAUCUAUAGAAAGAGAAACAACUGUUAAAGGUCCACCAGCUCGUAGUGCACCACCACCACCACCACCCGCUUCCUCAAGAACAGGUCCACCACCACCUCCUCAACAGGUAUCAAGAGGUCCUCCACCUCCUCCUCAAAUGUCUGCUCCGCCCCCUCCUCCACCUCUAAAUACUCCUGCACCUCCUCCUCCACCUCCUGUUCCAGUUGCAGGUGCACCACCCCCACCACCGCCUCCUGGAGUUUUGAAGCCGACUUCUGCAGGACCACCAAAAGGAGGUUUGUUAGAUCAAAUUCAUCAAGGAAGACAGUUAAAUAAAGUAGAGCCACAACAAAAAGAAGCGGGAGAUGGAAGAGAUGAUCUUCUUAAUGCAAUUCGCCUGGGUGCCAAACUCAAAACUGUUUCGCAAUCAGAUCGUACAAGUGUAGCAGACGAUGAUCAACUUGAAGGAAUGGCCGGUGCACUUGCAAAAGCAUUAGCCAUGCGCUCUGCUCACAUUCAAGUUUCCGAUAAUGAUGAUGACGAUGAGGACGAAGAUGAUUUCGAUGACGAUGAUUGGUCUGAAUAGAGAAUAUGUUAAAUAUAUUAAAAAUCUUCACGUUCUUCAGAUGAUACCGAAAGUUUACAGGUUUUCAUUCUUGAAAUAAACUUUUCACGUUUUGCAAAUUUUGUUUAGGUGUAAAUUUUUUAAAUUAAUUAAAAAGAUAUUGUGCAAUAUACAUCUCUGCGAGAGGAUUUUUAUUUAGUUCUAUGUUGCUUUGUUUAAAUUCAAUAUUUUUAUAACUUUUUGUAAUAAUUUUUUUGUAAAAAAAAUAAUUUUAUCAAUAAAUAUUAGCUGUUGCUACAGUAUUUGAUAAAGCAUUUUUUUUUUUCACUUGAAAAGUGUUGAAUAAUUAGGUGGUGUACGAAGUGGUAUGAUAGAUAACACUGUAAAAGAUAACACGGGUGAGUUUUCGUGCUUAAGCGCUCCUCCGUGCCGCAUGGCGGAAUAUUUGUAAUUAUAAUUUUUUGUUUAGUUGUAAAAGAGAGUUCGUGUCGGAUAGACGCUUUAUAUA